AUGGAUAACUAGUCCAACAAGCUACAACUAUUCAAGAACGUUGGCUUUAGUCAAAAUUCGAAUAGGGUUAAUCACUCAUUUUCAGUCAACAAGCCAGAAAAUAACAAAAUGAAUAACAGCUUUCACAUUAAACUACCUGAAAUACAUAGAAUGUCCAUUAAGACGAGAGAUUAAAAUGAGCUUAAAAUUAACACCAUGCAUACUCUCAGGCUUUUUGAAUUUGAUGUACCGAGAUAAUACUCUCACAGCAGCUACCUUAAAUAAAGAGAAGACAAUGAAGAGAUUGAAAAAGUAAAUAAACUCUCAAAAAAUGAACUUCUGCAUAUUUUGGAAUCAAAGAGAACUACAAUUAUGCAAGAGCAGAAGGUCAUUUAUAUCUAGAGAACAUAUAGAUAGAUUUAAGCCGAUUAUAGGGAAAAAAUAAGAUAGUAACAGCUUUAGUAAGAAAUGGAAUUACAAAGAAAGAAAAACGAAUGUGCCUUCAGGAUAUAGAAGAGAUGGAGGAUUGUUUAAAAGAAACUAUAAGAAGAAUUAAUGAUUAGAAAAGCAGCAGCAACCUAAGUUCUUUAGAAAUUUAUCAAGAAAAGAUAAGUAAAAAUGCGAUUAGAAAGAGAGAGGUAGUAGAAAUUACUUGAAGAAUAGAUGAGAUAGCAUUAGAGAGAGAGUGCUUAAAUUAAGAUUAGAUAUUACUGGAGGAAAUUCAAGAAGCAAGUGCUUUCACAGAAGAACAAAAAUAAAAACAACAAAAAUGCAGGUAAACAAACAAAUAAAAAUCAAGCGAAUAAAAGGGGUGGCCCAAGAAAUAGUACUAAUGCCUAGUAGUAGGUUUAUAAUCCAAAGAACGUAGUAUCAACUCAUAAAUCUACCAAAUUGUAAUAGUGA